AGGCUAAACUGUUAAUGUAAGCUGUAUGCUCCUAUCUGAUUUAUAGAUGUGUGUAAUCUUAUAUGUAUUUGGAAAAAUUCAGAGUAGAAAUAUUUUGUACUAGCAUGGGUAUAUGUAAUUAAAUUGUUUCAAUUUUGAAGGACGAGAUGUUUCGAGAACAUUAUGGUGCUUCCAAAUAAGAGAUUUUGCCAUAGAUGAAACAACUAGUUCAAAUACAUCUCUAACAACAAAGUAAAGAAGAUGUAUUGCCUACAGUGGUUAAUUCCAGUGCUGCUGAUACCAAAGCCAGUAAAUCCGACACUACUGCAAACGCAUGUCAUGUUUAUGGCACUUUAUCUAAUUGGAUUCUUCCUAGAACGAAAACCAUGCACUGUUUGUAGUUUAGUAUUCCUUCUUGCAGUUUUCCUAAUUUGUUAUAGUGGCAUUGGUAAUUGUCUCCUUUGGAGUACAAAUUGUGAUACAGUGAGAUGUGACAAUAGCUAAGAUUAUUAGGACGUUCAUUCUAGAUUAAAAAAUUGCCUCCAUUUUUAUUUCUUUUAAAAAAAUAUGUCUAAUUCAUUGAUAACAUAACUUAUUCAGAGAAUUCAUAUGUAUUACAUAUGUAUGAAUCUUACAUAUGAAUAUGAAUCUACGCAAAUAUGAUUUUAUGGUUUUAAUCGUAGUUUUUAUAGGUGUUACAUAUGAUAUAUAUAUUUCUAUAUGUACAUAUGUAUGCGAUUAUGCUUAUAAGAACAUGUAUUUAUACAUACAGAUCAUAAAACAUUCAAACUUGCUAGAUCACAAAAGAUUUGCAUGAAAUUAAAAAACUUCCAAGUGUAAAAUUAUGACAAUUCAAUAUUGCAGACUUAAAAUAUUUUGUAUUUAUAUAACUAAGAUUAAUUCCAUUUAGUUUAAUCCUGAGCAUAACAUUAUUUUUUUGUAUUUCAAGUAUUUUCCUACAAAAUUAUAUAUCUAAAAAAUCAAUGUUUCUGCAGUUUCUUUAAUUAAAUAAAUUUAUCAAAUUGUUCUUUAAUUGGAAUUCACAAUUGGCAAAUAUUAAAAAUUUUGAAAUAUGUAAUUAAAUAUUUAAAUUGAGAUAUUGCUUAUAUUAAUAAAUAAUGUAGUAGUAUAAUUGCUAAUUAUCAAAUUAAGAAAUUGAGGAUAUUACAUUAUAAUGAAAUACAUAUAAAUAUAAAAUAACUUAAUAACAUUCAUUGAUUAAAUAUGACAAGCGAUAAAAUUAUAUAUUGCGCUAAACCAUAAAGUUUAAGUUACUUCAUUUCAAUAUAUAUCUAAAGUCAAUUUUAUGUAAAAUUUACAAGUGAUGACUAGUAAUUUCUAUGUAUUUAUUUUUUGAAGCAUAGCAAACAUGGAAAAUGGACAUGGAAAUGCACAUUGUGCUAUGUUAUAAAUAUAGGUACUAGUAUUUUAGUACAAAAAUGGAAAAAGUAGAAGAUUCUGAUAAUAUAAUCAAAAAGAAUUCGACAAAUUUCACAUAAGAUCAGAAAAUUAAAAAGAAAAGCAACAUUGUACUGCUAAUAUAUAUAUAUAAAUCUGUUUUCCAAAAAAAUUGUAUCUCCAAUAAAAUUAUAAAAAAUUUGUAAUGAGAACCUUACUUUAGUACAGAUAUAUAUCUGUAAUGUUCCGCUUUAAACUAUGGUUUUGUCACAUAUUGUCAGAAAUGAUAUAUUUGUUUA